UACAGCCACCUGAAGGGAGAGGGGGAAGUGUGCCCACCCUGAACCCCGCGCGGUGGGGAGCGCGUUACUGACGCCGAGCAAGCAUGUAUGUGCUCGUCAACAUCCAGUAUUUUUAAGUUCACAUUUGGGAACGAGAGGGUGUAACAUUGUGUUGCAAGUCAAUCAAUACAGUAAUUUAAGUCCUGUCAACUAUAAUGGAAAAGUAUGAAAAAUUAGCCAAGAUUGGAGAAGGGUCCUAUGGGGUUGUAUUCAAGUGCAGAAACAAAACCUCUGGACAAGUGGUAGCUAUUAAAAAGUUUGUGGAAUCUGAGGAUGAUCCAGUUGUUAAGAAAAUAGCACUAAGAGAAAUACGGAUGUUGAAGCAAUUAAAACACCCAAACCUUGUGAACCUCAUUGAGGUGUUCAGAAGAAAAAGGAAAAUGCAUUUAGUUUUUGAAUACUGUGAUCACACACUUUUAAACGAGCUGGAAAGAAAUCCCAAAGGAGUUGCUGAUGGAGUGAUCAAAAGUGUAUUAUGGCAAACACUUCAAGCUCUUAAUUUCUGUCAUAAACAUAACUGUAUUCACAGAGAUGUAAAACCUGAAAAUAUUCUAAUAACUAAGCAAGGAAUAAUCAAGAUCUGUGACUUUGGGUUUGCACGAAUUCUGAUUCCAGGAGAUGCCUACACUGAUUACGUGGCGACACGGUGGUACCGAGCUCCGGAACUUCUUGUGGGAGACACACAGUACGGUUCCUCCGUGGACGUAUGGGCCGCUGGCUGUGUUUUUGCAGAGCUUCUGACAGGCCAGCCACUCUGGCCUGGAAAAUCAGAUGUGGACCAGCUUUAUCUGAUCAUCAGAACACUGGGAAAACUAAUCCCAAGACAUCAAUCUAUCUUCAAAAGUAACCAGUUUUUUCAUGGCAUCAGUAUUCCUGAGCCAGAAGACAUGGAAACUCUUGAAGAAAAGUUCUCAGAUGCUCAUCCCAUGUCUUUGAAUUUCAUGAAGGAGUGUCUAAAGAUGAAUCCUGAUGACAGAUUAACCUGUGCCCAACUCCUGGAGAGCCCCUACUUUGAUUCUUUUCAUGAAGACCAAAUUAAAAGAAAAGCACGUACUGAAGGAAGAAACAGAAGACGCCAGCAGAAUCAACUGUUGCCUCUCAUACCAGGAAGCCACAUCUCCCCCACACCUGAUGGAAGAAAACAAGUCCUCCAGUUAAAAUUUGAUCAUCUUCCAAACAUUUAGGAAAAUGUUCUUUCAAGUGGAAAGUAAUUUAAUAUGUACACAUUUUUGUACAAGAGAGAUAGGGAUUCUCAGUGUUUCAAAUGCAAAUGAGCCAUAUGAAAAUUAAGAUGCCUUCUAGAAUUGUUUUGCUCUGAUCAUUACUGAUUCCUCUGCCCAUGCUUUUUACAUGCCAACUUUAUCUUUUAGAACAUUUUCUUUAAAUGUUAGAGAGUCUGAAACUGCACAUAUGGAGGAGACAUUUUCCAUUUCAUCAGAGCAGCCCUUCCAGAGGCAAUUUAGAGAAUUUGUGGGCUUGUACGUUGAUUUUUAGAAAAGAGUUACAUAUGUCAUUUUGGUUUACCUGACUACAUAAUGUCUUAGAGCAUUACCAAAUAGCUUGCCCAACUGUUUGUGUAAGGAAUGACAUUAUGUUUCUGCAUUUUAAUUCAUACUUAUUGUAACCAGGUCUGUUGAGUAAUGCUGGAUUUUAUAUUGGUGUAGGAAGGGAACCUGGAAAUGUCAUGUAGGUUUAUCCCUCGAUUCCAGGGAAGACUCUACUUUCUCUGUCUCAUGAGACAUCGAUGAUUCCAAUUUUAAAGCAAGCCAGAGAAAAUUCCAUACAUUUACAUGGCAAAUAAGGAACUACGAGGAAUUACCAUCCUCAGGACAUAAUACCCUGUGAUAAUUGACUGCUGACUCUAAUGCUGUCCUUUAGAACAUCGUGGUUUCUUUUUCUUUUUCCUGGCUUGAUCACCUCAGUGCCUAGAUGUAUCCUGUUGGGUGUAUGUCCUAAAUAUUUGGUUCAAGGUCAAUACACUUCCAAACAUUUGAAUCCAUAGCCUCUGUGAACUUGUGCAGCCCUAAACUUGUGUAUCAAGAUCAGGUUUGUAAAUGCUUCCAACAGCAAAAAGAUUAUUUUUCAGUUACCUUCUUUGUGUCUCCUACCAAAAAAAAGAAGCAAACAAACAAAACACCACCCAAUAGGUGACCCCAGUUUACAUUGGGAUAUUUUCUCGAGUAAACCUGACAGAUACACCUACAUACACACAUAUGUACCCAUCUAUAU